UUUUUAAAUGACAAAAAAGAAUUCACCCCGCAGCAGCUUUGAGAUAAAUGGGUUCCUCAAACAACUUUCAAACCCCAACAAUCAUUCCAGUGAAGAAGAAAGGCAGGCCAUACUUUAGUGCUGCUGUUGGAGGGACUUUUUUCUUUGCAGAAAGACUUUUUUAUGCCCUCCCACCUGCUUUUCGAAAUCCACCAACCACAAAAUUUACUCCAUCCACUUUUUUCUCUCUCCCUUCCACACUCCCUCUCUCUUUUUAGCAGCAACAUACAAGCCGGCCAUAUUAGAGAGAUGGAAAUAAAGCUUCCUUAAUGUUGUAUGUGUCUUUGAAGUACAUCCGUGCAUUUUUUUUUUUAGCAUCUAACCAUUCCUCCCUCGUAGCCCUCGGCCCCUCAAAUCACCCUCUCCCCUAGCCCACCCGACAAACAUCUCAGUCUGAAAAUGCACAGAAAUGCCUGGCUACCUCGCCCUGCCUUCAGUCUCACGGGGCUCACUCUCUUUUUCUCUUUGGUGCCACCAGGGAGGAGCAUGGAAGUCACAGUACCGAACACCCUCAACGUCCUCAAUGGCUCUGAUGCCCGCCUGUCCUGCACCUUCAACUCCUGCUACACCGUGAACCACAAACAGUUCUCCCUGAACUGGACUUACCAGGAGUGUAACAACUGCUCCGAAGAGAUGUUUCUCCAGUUCCGCAUGAAGAUCAUUAACCUGAAGCUGGAGCGGUUCCGAGACCGCGUGGAGUUCUCGGGGAACCCCAGCAAGUAUGACGUGUCAGUCACCCUGAGAAAAGUGCAGCUGGAGGAUGAGGGCACCUACAACUGCUACAUCAUGAACCCGCCCGACCGCCACCGCGGCCAUGGCAAGAUCUAUCUGCAGGUCCUCAUGGAAGAGCCCCCCGAGCGCGAUUCCACGGUGGCCGUGAUCGUGGGCGCCUCCGUCGGAGGCUUUCUGGCUGUGGUCAUCUUGGUGCUGAUGGUGGUGAAGUGCGUGAGGAGGAAAAAAGAGCAGAAGCUGAGCACGGACGACCUGAAGACGGAGGAGGAGGGCAAGACCGACGGGGAAGGCAACGCGGACGACGCCAAGUAA